GUAGGUAUUAACAAAGUUAAAAUUGGUCGAAUCGGUAGAUAUGAAUAUAUCAUAUUUAUCAUUUGCAGGUUGCUUCAUAAGACGGUGUAAUUAAUUUUCCUCCAUCACCAACACAUGUUAUCGGCAUAUGGGCCGAGAGAACCAACAACGUCUUACACCUACAUAUGAAAGUAACCAAUAGCUCUAAACAGGAUAGAUUACCUAAAGCAGCUAUCUGAAUUCAAGAGUUGAAGUUCUCAAGUACGUUCAACCCCUGAGCACCCUAACCGUAACGGGAUAAACAACAUUCGAGGCGGUCCAACAAUCCGUAUUCAGUUAUCCCAGGACGGUUUGGUAUGUAAUCAGGGUAUCAAGCGGAGCCUCUAUUGCUCCGAGCUACCUUGAUCGUUGAAUCUACCCCGGCAUCACAAACCCAAAGUGCCUGUUCACAGCAUAGCGAUUACAAAUUUCUAACCCCUAUUCAACAACGUCAACUGCACGUACAACGAACGUAGACAUAGUAUAAAUAAAGUAUAUGUUUCAUCGUGAUCCCAAAAUGACGAUAUCACAAUCAAAGAGCAAUAUUCCAAACCUAAACGCUUCAGUGACGUCACCAUGGCCCAAUCCACAUCCCCCAAGAAAUCCGUUUUCGUCACCGGCGCAAACGGAUACAUCGGCUCCGCCGUAUGCCGGGCCUUUGUGCGCGCCGGCUGGCGCGUCUACGGGCUGAUCCGGCGCCCCGAAGCAGCUGGCACUUUGUACUCUGAGGAAAUCAUCCCCAUCAUCGGAUCCAUCUCCACAGACGCCACGUUCCCGGCGGACCUAGCCAAGCACACCAAGACCCUCGACGUCAUCGUCUCCUGCACAGAGCAAAUCCCCUUCGGAGCGCACUACGACGCCGCCAUCUCCCUCAUCCGCAAACUCGCCGCGACUUCCAACGCACACGGCACCCGCCCCCUCGUCCUCGCGAGCUCCGGGUGCAAAGACUACGGGACAACCGGCACCCACGGGUCCCCAGGUCUCGCCCCGCAUACCGAGGCCUCGCCGCUCCAGCCCAUGGACAUAAUAAAAGAGCGCGCGUUCGGGUGUCCCAAGAUCUUCGAGCAGAAAGACUUAUUCGACGCGGCGCUCCUGCGGCCCACGCCCGUAUACGGCUACGACAGCAGCUACUACGGCCUAGCCUUCGAGCUCGCGGCCUCCGCCGCGCGGACCGAAUCGCGCGUCUUGGAAAUCCCGUUUGAUUUCGGCACCAUUAUCCACGGGUGCCAUAUCGACGACUGCGCGGAAGCCUACGUCGCGCUUGCUGAGCACGCGGACCGGGAUGCGGUUGCGGGGCAGUGCUUUAAUAUCUCUGCUGCGCGGUACGAGACGCUGGCCAUGAUUGCCGAGGCGCUGAAGGUUGAGUACGGGCUGCGCGAUGUAGUGCGGGCGCCGAAUGGGGUUGAGGCCGAUUUGUCGGCGUACGUUGCGCUGGGCCAUAGCCAGUGGGUUGACAGUAGCAAGAUCCGGCGAUUGACGGGGUGGACGGACAAGAGGCUGCCGUUCUGGGAGGGCCUGCAUGUGUAUCGCAUGGCGUAUGAGGAGGCGGCUCGGAGGGGCCACGAGGGCGUGCUAAGGGUUAAGGAGAGGGUUGGGAAUGUGCAUCGCAUGGCGUACGAGGAGGCGGCGCGGAGGGGACAUGAGAAGCGAUAAAUAUCUAUAUUACCUAGGUGCCUAAUCUCUAACCAUUAGAAUAUGCAAUUCUUGGACGCAAAGAAAAGAUGUAUAUAGUAGCCGUUGAGAAACAUUAUUUUCGUCGUCGAUCCUGACUCAACUCCUCACGCCAAGCCGCGUCCAAUUCACUUCUGUCUUUUCCAAUGUUGAUACUUAUAGUUCGAUGAUGACUAGGUACCUAUUAUUGCUUCUUUACACUUGUAGAGAACGUGACUGUAUGGUGUGGUAUGGUGUGUACUAACAUAGCCCUCCUAAUUAUAUCGGAAUGAAAGGGAAUAUGUAUUUCCGUCGUCCCGUCGUCCCGUCGCCUUAC